CUCGCAGCGCAGUACCACUUCUACUCUCUGAGGCAGUGGACGGAGCAGCUGUCAGUGGACGACACAGAGCGUCACAGCCAGAAAGACGCUUUGUGGAAGGACAGGCUGAAAAUGCAGUUCAGCGACUACUCCUGCGCUAUAUCACAAACUCGGACGCACAAUACGUGUCGGGUCUCGGUCUUUAAAGUCUAGCGUGUCGCCAGCGAGCCGCCUUAGCAGCGACUUUCUCCGGUUGUUUUUGUCUCGGAGUGCUGUCUUCUCGCUGCACUGUCCAUCCGAGACAGGACUAGUCCAGACAUGAGUAACGUUAAUCUGAUUUUUUGGGACCAGUUGCAGGCUGGCAGCUCCGAGGUGGACUGGUGUGAAGGCAACUACCUGAUCUACCCCAGCAUCGCUGAAUUUUACAACACGAUCAGCAACAUUUUGUUUUUUGUUUUGCCGCCGAUACUAAUGUGCUUGUUCCGCCAAUAUGCAACACAUUUCAACAGUGGGAUUUACCUCAUAUGGAUUCUGCUGGUUGUGGUCGGUAUUGGCUCAACAUAUUUUCACGCCACCCUCAGCUUCCUUGGCCAAAUGCUGGACGAGUUGGCGAUUUUGUGGGUGAUGAUGUGCGCCAUCGCCAUGUGGUUUCCCAAGAGAUACCUACCCAGGAUGUUCAGGAGGGACCGGUCACGGUUCAAAGUGGUCAUAGGCAUCUUGUCGGGGAUCACCACUGGGCUGGCCUUCGUUAAACCCGUCGUCAACUCCCUGUCACUCAUGACUCUGGGCAUCCCCUGCACUGUGCUGCUCAUCACUGAGCUGAAGAGGUGCGAAAACCCACGUGUGUUCAAGCUGGGCCUGAUCUCAGGGAUGUGGUGGGCGCUGGCUCUGCUCUGCUGGAUCAGUGACAGGAUAUUCUGCGAAAUGUGGUCAUCGGUCAACUUUCCCUACCUACACUGCGCCUGGCACAUCCUCAUUUGUCUGGCCUCCUACUUGGGCUGCGUUUGCUUCGCCUACUUUGACGUCGCGACUGAGGCCCCGGAGCGAGGGCCCGUCAUCAUGUUCUGGCCCAACGAGAAAUGGGCCUUCAUUGGGGUGCCGUACGUUUCCCUGCUCUGCGUCCAUAAGAAGGCUGCUAUCAAGGUGACCUAAGGCGAGUCUGCUGCCCUGCCAGAGGGGCUCCAUUACCCCGACACCAGAAUCCACCAGCACGUUCGUGAGUCGCGUCGCAUCCACUGGUGCUCUUGUGACUCGAGGAUGUACGCGAUGCACAUUUAGGCCACCCGCGAGGAUUCCCCCUCUUCCCUUCACCCUGGUCUGUCCUUUGGCACACAGCAGUGUUUAUGCAACCCUAGGAACAAUAGGUGUCACUAAUUUGUCUGAUACCUGAUUACUCUUAAUACCGACGAUAUCAAAGCCAAGAAACCUUUACAGUGUACCAAAUGUAACUCAGGCUUUGCAUGAGAGGUCACGUGAUCUCAUAUAAAGUGGAAGUAUUAUGCAUUUGAGACUUCUUUAAAAAGAAGGUUUUUGUACAUUUUAUGGGAAGACCUCGUUUUAAAGUGUAUUGUUGCCUUUCUAAGCAUAAGUAUAGCAUCUCAUAGGUGCAGUCAGGCCAUGACGAAACCAUGUUUAGGAACGAUAAGGCACUGGAUUCAUUAACUGUGAUCAAUGCUUUAAAGCUUCUUUAGACGAAGCCAGUGUCACUACACUCAGUGGAGCAAACAAGCUGGUUCAUAAAACUUUGCAGAAGUGUUCAGCAAAGGUAGUUUGAAAACGAAACACAUUGGUCUUCUUUUUUGUUGUGAAUGUGCUUUACUUUCAGCAUGCUACUGUGAUUGACCAGGUUAGUCUAAGAGAAACGUGUUUAAUAUAUUCCUGUGUAUGUUUCGUAAACUAACGAUAUAAUCGUGGUUACUUUUCUACUAAAAGAGAAUCAUUCAUCUAUUACUGAAUGAAACCAGGUACCUUUAGAUAGUGGCCAACACACCAAGUAAAAAAAAAAAAAAGAAUGUGAGAGAAUGAAGAAUGGUUAGCCUUUGGCUAAGUGCACGUAGCAUUUCGAAACAUGAUAGUCACACUUAUUUACUUUCUCUUCAGGGUUAUUGUGGAGUAUUUUUAGACUUUGUGCUGAAUAGCAGCAGAACUGUGCAAAAAGCCUUAAUCAAACAAAAUAAUGGAAUACAAAGACAAGUGAAGGUGCAUGUUGUGUUGUGUACGCGUUACAUUCUUAGUAAGUGUUUGCUCCAGAACAUGGGGAAACAUUGAACUAGUGUUAAUUAGUAACUGGAUCUGAUGUUAAGUUUAUAGUAAGGAAAUAGUGGGACAAACCCAUUAGAUAGGAUAUUGAAUAAAAAGGGACAUAUUCUGGACGUUAAUGCUAACCCCAUAAAAUGCUCUUGAAAACGUUCUCAAGCUAAUAUUAUUUUACUCCUGUCCUCCUGUCGAGGCUUCUGGGGACUCGAUCUACUAAAAAAACUCAUGGAUGAGUGAAAUGAAGGAUCUUGAUUAACAAAGAAAACGACUAUUUUACUAAGAUUCUGUAUUUUGUUAAAACUGUUUCUAUUUUUGUAAGUGAAGCGCAGCCAAAUUUGAUAGCGGAAUGACUUUGAUAUGACAUUAUUACUACCUUGACUUUGCCAAACCUUUUUUUUUUUUUUUAAAAUGUUUCUUCAGGACAACCCUUAAGGGAAUUUAGACAAUGUGAAUAAGUCUGAAGUAUACUUCAUACUCUUCAAAUCAUAUUUAAUUAACCAUGAUGGUCCAUGAUGGUGGAUGCAGAGAAAAGAACUUGCGAAGGAAGUUGAUGAAUCAGCAUCAGAUUAAUUUGUGCGAACAGACCAGGCUGUUUAAUGCUGCCCUCUGCAUCGUGAUGUAUGUCUUGGCAUGAGGUAUGAUCGUGAUAACAAUAGCUGUCUUUUUGAUGAUUUACAUGUACAUAAAUCUGUGUUCCUGCAUUGACAAUGCAGAAAAACUGCACAGAAAUAUUUAUUUUCAUAAAUUAUCCUGUUUUUGUAAGCAACUAUUUGUAAUAGAUUAGAAUAUUAGUAUUUUAUUUUAUGCAAUAAACCAAGCCAAUCCUCAUGUU